CGACCUAGGGUUCUCUCUCUCCUCUUCUCUUUUUUUUUGACGCAUCGUUCUCUCUCUCUCUGAUUGUUCUCUAGCUCAACAUACUAUCGAUUCAUCGCUCAAUUCAUCUCUCGUUUACAUUGUUUUUGCGGAUUCAUACUCUAGGGUUUUGAUAUUGAAGGUAUCGUAGGACCAAAGGUAUGGUUACGUCUGGGCAGUUGGUAUCCUAUAAGUGCGAAGUUCCUUAUCCCUUUAGGCAGAAGGUUAAAUGUUACGGGAAACUUGGUCUUCAUCGUUACAAUUUGAUUCAGGGUAAAAACUUCGAACUACAAGAUUUGAUCAAAUUCAACAUGCGGUACUGUGGUGCUUCUUCUUUCUACAUCACUUUGGAGGCUCGUGAUACAGUUACCUGCGGUCCGUUACAAACCUUUCAGGUUUGUGCUGAUGAAAAGGAUUUUGGCUAUCUGAAUGUGGUUUGUUCUGUUGCCCGUAUUAAAAGUGGUGAGACAACUGGUGGUGCUAGUGAGACAACUGGUGUGUUCGCAUUGCCUAAUUGGCCUUCAGAUGCUGAGAUCCAACGACUUUACACGGUCGAUAGAUCAGAGUUGCUGAGCACCCACUGGAUUCUUUUGUACCUCGAGCUUGUUCUUUGCAUUGAAUAUGGCUAUGGCAACUUUUCAGAGGACAAAGUCUCCAGUCUGGAGCUUGAGAAGGUGGCUAUAGAAACUGACGAUGAGACUCCGCUCCAGGCCAAAAGUUCAGUCCUCUACAUAGCUUUUAGAGGACUGGCUAUUGAUGGUACUGAUGAGUCAGUUGAACGGAAAGCUGUGAUCAAAAGCAUGUUCAACGAGCUUACAGGAUCUUUGGCUCUCCAGGGUAUCUUAUGCAACCGAGAAACUCCUAUGAGUGCGGAAGAGUACUUCAAGUUUGUUUACAUACACUACAAGAAAACACAGUUUUAG